GAGAUGACUUCCUCCACCCUCGGUCAGUCGGCUCCUCAUCUCCCAAACUUGGAAUCCGGGAUGGGGAAGUCUGCAGCCAUGCUGGGGUUGUCCACUGGAUUGGGGGGAGCAGAGAUGGAGCUGCAGAAGAUGCUUAUCGAUGAGAGGAUGAAGUGUGAAAACCACAGGAAAAAUUACCAGACACUAAAGGCUGAACAUACCAGUCUGCAGGAUGAGUACACACGGGCACAGGCUGAGCUGAAGCGCCUGCUGAGUGACAAACAGUCUGAGCAGGAGAAACUGCAGCUGCUGCUGGCUGAGCUGAGAGGAGAGCUGCUGGACAAAACCAGGGAGCUGGAAGAGCUUCGGCUGCAGGUGAUGACCCCUCAGCGGUUGGAGUUACUGAGAGCUCAGGUGCAGCAGGAGAUGGAGGCUCCAGUCAGAGAGAGGUUCAACAAGCUGGAGGAGGAGACAGAGAAGUACAGGUCUGAGUACAACAAGCUGCGGUAUGAGUACACCUUUCUGAAGUCCCAGUUUGACCAUCAGAGAGAGGAACAUGUUCGUGUGCUGGAGGAGCAGAAGAUCCGCUACGAGGCAGAGAUCUCUCAUCUGGAGAAGGACCGGGAGGAGCUGGUGACUCAGUAUCAGGGUUCAGACGCUGUGCGUGACGGCAAACGAGUAGAGGCUCUGCUGAGGGAGAAAGCUCAGCUCCACCUGCGGCUGAAGGGGUUGGAGGCAGAAGUGGCCGAGCUUAGAGCCCAGAAGGAAAAUUCCGGUCAGCAAGCUGAGAAUGUCCAACGCAUCCAGAUCAGACAGCUGACAGAGUCUCAGGCUGCACUGAAGUCGCUGGAGGCGGAGCGCCAGUCGUUGCGUCUGCAGCUGGAGCGCAUGGAGAACGAGCUUCACCUGAGCCACGAGCAGAACAGCCAGCUCACCGGGAGACUGCACAAAGCUGAGAGAGAGGUCAGCUCUCUGACGUGUCAGAUUGAAAGCCUGAAGCAUUCACAUAAGCUGGAAAUAGCCAGCACCAAACUGGAGUGUUCACGCUCUAAAGGGGAGGUAGAGAGAGAGAGAGACAGCCUGCAGGGGCAGAUUGAUGGUCUGCAGGCAGAUGUGGAGGUGCUAAACGCAGCAGUGGAACGACAUAAGGAAGUUCUGGUGGAAAAGGAGAGGGAGAUGGUCAGAAAGGUGCAGUCUGCUCGAGAGGAAGAGUUCCGUAAAACUGCAGCCCUGCAUGAGGAAAAGUUGGAGUUGGAGAACCGUCUCGCAGCACUGGAGCAGCAGAGGGCGCUGCAGGAUGCUUCAGAUCAGACCCAGAAGGAGGAGUGGGAAGAGCGCCUGCGCAGCACCCAGCAGGGUGAGGAGUCUGCCCGCAGAGAGCUGCAAAACCUGAGGACUAAAUUACAGCAGCAGAGCGCACAGCUUGAGGAGCUGGAGAGACAGAAAGCAGAGAUUGCUGAUCUCCAGCAACAGAAUCAGGAGCUUGGUGUGCAGAUGGAGGCACUGUCUCACUCUGAAAGUGACCUGAUGGAGACGAUCCGGCGAUUGAGGGAAUCACUGGACAGAUUGAGGGAGGAGCUGAGGACAGCCCGGGCACAGGCAGAGAAGAGCCAACACGAGGCAGAGAGGCUGGUGGAGGAGCGUCGCAUUGAGUGGUUGGAGGAGAAGCAUAAGCUGCAAGAGCAAGAGGCUGAGCUGCAGCAGAAAUACUCUCAGGUCAAAGAGAAGCUGCAGAGGGCAGCAGCGGCCCAGAAGAAGAGAAAAACGCUGACUGAGAACAAAGAGAAGAAACUUCAGGAUAAAAUCCAGUUGCUGGAGGCCAAGAUUGAGGAGCUGGAACUGGAAGCUUCUGCUGCCAGAAAACGUUCAUCGUUCUCAGAGGAGCAAGCUCAACUCAACAGGCGGCUGAAGGAGCUGCAGAGACGCCACAACGAGUUCCGACGUCUCCUGCUCGGUGGUCAGGGGCCCUUCACUGCAGGCCCCACGUUUCUGACCUCUUCACCCGCCCCCUUCCUCCUCCUUGGGUCUGAGGGGCCCUUUUCUAACAACCCAGACACUCAGGGUUCAGAGUUCUCGCUGCUGCGUCAGAGGCUGGAGAAUCUGGAAAGUGCCCAGCAGCAGCAGCUGGAGGAACUGGGAUCUUUGGUGCAAAGAGAUCGGGCCACAACACCCCAACCUGACCUUUGA